AUGUCGAAGUUCUCUCUCCAAGGCCGAACCGCAUUAGUUACUGGGGGCGCUCGAGGAUGCGGUCUUGCUUUCGCACGAGGGCUAGCAGAAGCAGGCGCGAAUGUUGCAAUUUUCGACGUCAUCUUGCCAGACGAAUCAUUUGGAUUACUGGAGAAAGAAUUCGGCGUUAAGGCCGCCUACUACAAAGUCGAUGUCUCGUCAGAAGAAUCUCUUCAACAUGGAUUCGAGCAAUUACAGAAGGACUUCAAUAACAAACUUGAUAUCUGUGUUCCCUGCGCUGGUAUCAAUCGCCAUAUCCCGUUCCUAGAGUUCACCUACAAAGACCAUCAAGAUUUACUCUCUAUCAACGUGCUCGGACUUUACUUCACGGCUCAAUUAGCGGCAAAGCAGAUGAUAUUCAAUGGUACAAAACACGGAAGCAUUGUUUUGGUAGCUAGUAUGGCUAGUCACAUCGCGAAUAUUCGCGUAAAUUCAAUCUCUCCGGGAUACGUUCGGACUGAGAUGACUGCAUCUUUCCCCCAUCUUAUCGAAAGCUGGAAAGCAGACGCAAUGAACGGUCGGAUUGCCGAGCCAGAGGAUAUAAUGGGGGCCUGCGUUUUCCUAGCAAGUGACGCGAGUUCCUACAUGACGGGACAGGACAUUAUUGUAGAUGGGGGAGUGACGCGGUGUGCAAAUAAUGAAGGAUUCGCACUUGGCGGCCCUGUGGAUGCGACUACAACGGUUGUCGUGGUCGGAGCAGGACCAUCCGGCUUGAUGCUCGCAUGUAAUCUCGCUCGGUUUGGAAUUGAUGUUGUCAUUCUCGAUGAUCAUGCCGAUAAGACCUCGACAGGCAAGGCGGAUGGCAUGCAACCCAAGACUAUUGAGACAUUCAAGCAAAUGCGACUGGCCGAACCUUUACUCAAGAACGCAGCUCGUGUAUAUGACAUUUCGUUUUGGCAAUCAACAGCAGAUCAGUCACUUCACCGAACCGGACGCCAGACACACUACCCCGAGCACCUUGUGGGAGCCUCCGAUCCCUAUAUCCUAUUGGCUCAUCAAGGAAUGAUUGAAGAGGCCUUGAUUGACGAUAUAGAAGCAAGAGGGGUUUUCGUUACAAGAAAUGCGCGCUUCUCGUCUUGCUCGAGGGUCGCAGGGACUGGUCAGCUGGAUGUUGUAUAUGAAGAUUUAUCAAACAAUGCAGUCAAGAAAAUCCGGGCCGAUUAUCUUGUCGGUUGUGAUGGCGCGCGAUCAAAAGUUCGAACAUUUAUCCCGGAUGCUGAGCUAGUGGGUGAAAUGACCAAUGCCUCGUGGGGUGUCCUGGAUGGUGUCAUCGAGACCGAUUUCCCUGACCUAUGGAGUAAAGUUGCUGUACGGUCUCAUAAAGCAGGAUCGAUUCUUUGGAUUCCUCGAGAACGAAAUAUGACACGGUUAUACGUUGAAUUAAGUGCGACAGACGGAGAGCGAGUGGAUAAAUCCAAGGCUACUAUUGAGUACGUCAUGCAGCGAGCCAGAGAUUCAAUGCACCCUUUCAGUCUAGAAUGGAAGAGUAUAGAAUGGUUUGGGAAUUACGUGGUCGGUCAGCGAGUUGCAAAGCACUUCAUGGACCCAGAAUCACGAAUCUUCAUUGCUGGUGAUGCCGGUCAUUGCCACUCGGCUCUAGCGGCUCAAGGUGCCAACACAAGUAUGCAUGACAGUUUCAACCUUGCCUGGAAGCUGAACCUUGUUAUCCGUGGUCUAGCCAAGCCAGAUCUACUAUCCACGUACGAGGAAGAGAGACGGAAGAUUGCCAAUGAUCUAAUCAACUUCGACACAGAGCACUGCAAGGCAUUUGAGCAAGGCGAAGAAGCUCUGGCCAAGAACUUCGAUGAAAAUAUUCGAUUUAUCUCUGGUGUUGGAGCUGAGUAUUCUGCAGGCGUGCUGAGUUGCUGGAACGACAGCAAUUCUACUCCCUUGCGACCGGGUGAAUUACAACUUCCAGCCAAAGCCACCAGAUAUAUCGACGCAAAUCCAGUGGAUGUUCAACUUGAUAUUCCACUGCUGGGACAAUUUCGAAUUUACUUUUUUGUUCCAGAUGUUCAGCUAUCAUUGACAACACUGGGGGCACUUUGCCAAGGUUUGAUUGAUCCUAAUGGGCUUGGUAGGAUUGACAGUAGCGCAAAUCAAUCAUAUAUCAAGAGACCUCGGGGAACGGCACCAGCCGAUGAUUUUAUCUCGCCGCAUCGAUACUCCGCAAUUUCUGAGGCUUUCACGUACGCGAUGGUGACUCGGUCUGCAAGGUCGGAUUUCGAAAUUGCAGAUCUUCCCAAGCCGCUACAAGACAGCCGCUGGACAUUGUAUCUGGAUGAUAUAGACUCCGAUCCCUGGACUAGCAAGUGGUUCGGUAAUCUAGAGAAGGAACAGUUUGGUGUUUCCAUUAUACGCCCAGAUGGCUACUGUGGGGGAAUUGAGACUUGGAGUUUGGACAAUGCAGAUCAAGCAAGACAAUGGGUGGAAAACUACUUUUCAUUUAUGAUUUGA